AUGGUACAAUUUCCAUCUUUUACGGAGAUCAUUGCUGAAAUUCAAAAUUCUGCGAAUAAAGUUAAGCAACAUAUUAUUGAUAAUCCUAAAAUUCAAAAUUUUGCAAAUAAAGUGAGAGAAAAUACUGUUGACAAUCCUGAAGUUCAAAAUUUUGCGAAUAAAGUAAGAGAAAAUACUGUUGACAAUCCUGAAGUUCAAAAUUUCGCAAAUAAAGUGAAACAACAAAUUGUUGAAGUGAGAGAGAAUAUUGUUGACAAUCCUAAAGUUCAAAAUUUCGCAAAUAAAGUGAAACAACAGAUUGUUGACAAUAAGCUAGCAUUAGAAAAAAUCAUCAUUAAAAAUCAAAAUUCUGCAAAUAAAGUGAGUCAACAUUUUAUUGAUAUUCGGCCAGAAUUAAGAAGAAUAUUUACUGAACCAACACCAAACAAGGUUUUUGUAUCAUUAGCUAUUGGCUACUUAUUUGGCCGACCAAUCAUUUAUGGUUUACUAUAUGUAUUAGGAUUUCGUAAAGGAGGUAUCUUAAGACAUUCAACUGCAGCACGGUUGAUGUCAUUUCAUGGAGGUGCUACACCUCCAGGUGGAAUUGUCGCCAAUUCUCAAUCAGUUGGAGCGGCCGGCUUACACUUUGUUGGAAACCUUUUGACAACCCUAAGUGGUGGUGCAGUAGUAUUUUGUGCAAUAAGUGCAGUUGAAGCAAUUAACAUUUUAUGCAAUCGGUGCCAAUAA